AAUGCUUCUGUUCGAAUGCAAAAUAAACUCCAAAAUUCAGAAUUUAAUGAGGAAGUGGCCAGGUCGCUGUUACUUUUAAGUGUCAGUCUUCACUCACUCACUCAACAUCGUUUCAAAUUUCAGAGCAAAAGUCUCUUAACCCAAAGCCCUCCACUCAAUUGCCUACUUAAAAAACCGAGCUUCUUCUUUUCAAGCUUGCAAAGUUAUCUUAAAAACGCUUUUACUCAUUUCUCUUCUUCUUUCUUCUGAAGCCAUGACUAAAGAUGAAGACUUUAAGCUCCUAAAGAUCCUGACGUUUUCCCUCAGGGUCAACAUCCAUUGCGAGGGCUGUAACAAGAAAGUCAAGAAACUUCUUCAGAGGAUCGAAGGAGUUUGCCACGUGAAGAUAGAAGCAGAGCAUCAAAAGGUGACUGUUACAGGGUCAGUUGACUCAGCCACACUCAUCAACAAGCUCGUUAAAGCCGGCAAACACGCCGAGCUUUGGUCUCCUAACCCAAACCAAAACCAACCUCAAAAGCCCAAGACUAAUGACGUCAUCAAGAACGUUAAUCAAAAGGGUCAGAAGCAAGGCUCGGCCAAAAGUGGUAUUGAAGCCUGCAAGCCCAAGAACGGCCCUAAAGGUGCAGCCUUUGUCACGGACGUGGAAGGAGACGGCGGCGAGGAAGAAGACGGAGAGGUCCAGUUUCCUAAACCGGCGAAUCAGCAGCAACAGACCGUCGUCAACUCCAAGAAAAACAAUGGAGGAGUUUCGAUGAACAAUGGAAACAACGGAGUCAACGCCGCAACAAAGAAAGUCAACCAAAAACAGAGCAACCAAAUCCAGAACACUCAACAAGUAAUGGCGGCUAUGAGAAUGAGAACCGCCGGAAAAAUGACCUCUGGUGUUGAAACCAACGAGAUUGGAGCUCUCAUGGGUUUAGCUGGCUUUAACGGCGCAACAAAUGCCGUGAAUCACCCUCCAAAUGGGAUUCAACAACAGCUUCAAGCUCCACCGUUAAACAACGUCACUAAUCACAACCUCACCAAUGGUAAUGGAGGCUUGAUGAUGAACAUGAAUGGAUACAACAAUCAUCAUCCAAUGAACAUGCAGAGUAGGCAAAUGAUGCAUCAGCCUCAGCAAAUGAUGUAUCAAAGAUCAUCCUUCGUUCCAGCAUCAAGCAAUGGGUAUUAUUACAAUUAUACCCCUAAUCCCUACAGUUAUUAUCCAUAUUACCCUUACCCAAGUGAGCAGCAACAGCAACAAAGUAGCCAUUCAUAUGCAACAAACAUGUCUAGUGAUGAAGACAGUACUAGCAAUAACAAUAGCUGCAACAUCAUGUAAAGUGUGAUUGCUUGCUAAGGAAGAUAUCUAUCUUUCUCCUACUAGAAACAAGACUUAGAAGUUCAAUCUUUUUUCUGUAUUUUUUGUCUAAUGUGAUAUAUUAGUGUAUGGUUUUCCUUCUUUUCGACUGGGUGUUUCUUCUUGUGUGGCAUGUAGCUUUUUUGGACUGACAUGAAGUUGUGUUGGUUGAUAUAUAAAAUCCACAGUGUUAUUACUGAUG